AUGUCAUUCUUUAAGAAAUUAGUAAAGAAAGAUAAGGAUGGGUCAAGGUCACCAAAAGCAUCCAAAGGUUCUCCUACAAGUACCAGACAACCAAACUCACCUUCAACCAAUGACGAUGAAAUUGAAAAGUUUGAUGAAGAGAAUAUGAGCAAUGCAAACAUGGAUAUGGAUGCUCCAGAAGACAAAAAGAGAUUAUGGAGCAGAGUUAGUGGUCUCAUUGGAAAGGAUACAAUGUCUCUUGUCUCUCUGCCAGUCUACUUUUUCGAACCCAUCACCGUACUUCAAGCUCAAGUAGAACCACUUCGUUUUGUUCAUCUCAUUGAAAAGGCUUGUGAAAUGGAAAAUUCAUUGGAUAGAAUGUGUUAUAUUACUGCUUUUAAUAUUUCUCUUUUUAGUUCCUAUGUUAGAACUGCAAAACCAUUUAAUCCAUUACUUGGUGAAACAUUUGAAUAUAUUCCAAAGGAAGGAAAUUAUAGAACCAUUUGUGAACAAGUUUCUCAUCACCCACCUAUUGGAAUUGCUGAAACUACAAGUAGCAAGUUUAGAUUACAACAAGAAUCUCAUAUUACUACAAAGUUUUGGGGAAACUCUGUUGAUAUUUUCAGUCAAGGUAAUAAUCAUCUUUAUCUUUUAGAUCAUGAUGAUUAUUAUAGUUGGAAAGUACCUGCAUCAUGUUGUCAUAAUAUUUUAUUAGGUAGAAUGUGGGUUGAACAUCAUGGAACCUUGUCAAUUACAAAUCACAAGACUGGUGAAAAGGCUAUUAUUAACUUUUCAAAGUCAAGUUGGUUCGAUGGUUCAACCAAGAAGAUUACUGGAGAGAUUUUCGAUUCACUUGGAAGAAAGAGAUUUUUGGUCAAUGGAAAAUGGAAUGAAUGUGUUAUUAUCACAAAGUUGGAUGAUCGUGGUACAAAAUGUGAUGAAUUUACCAUUUGGAAGGCUCAACCUGAUCCAGAAAUUGAAAAAAACAAAUGGAAACUUUGUAAAUUUAUUCAAUCUUUUAAUGAAAUGUCAGAAGAUUAUGAAUCAAUAUUACCACCAACUGAUUCAAGAUUAAGACCAGAUAGAAAAUAUUUAGAGUAUGGAGAGAAUAAAUUGGCAAAUAGAGAAAAGGCAAAGAUUGAGGAAAGAGAAAGAGCCAAGAGAAAGGAAAGAGAACUCAGUGGAAAGAAAUGGGAACCAAAGUAUUUCAAACGUGUAGAUGAUCCAAACUUUGGAUCUAGAUGGUGUUAUUUGGAAAACUAUUGGGAUCAAAGAGAACAAAGAAUCAACAAGUUUAGACUUAAUCGUUCACUCAAGGAUCUUAGUAUUACAGACAUUACCGAUUCUGAUUUUUCUCCAAAAAAUCCAAAGACUCUUGAUUCACCAAAAUCAAAAAAUAUAGAAAUGAUCAAACAUGAUAAUGACAAGUCUGCUGACCAAACCUUUAUCUCUUCACCAAAAUCAAAUGUUACUACCUAUACUACUGUCUAUGAAAAAUCCUCUGAUCAGAAACCUACUAGUAAUUCAACUACCACCACCACUACAUUUGUUCAACAACCAAGCGCAACAGGUACAUCAUCAAACUAA